UAGCCCCGGCCCAACGUCGACAGUGACCCAAACGCCAUGCCUUUCGUCACGCCUGAGGAACUCGCCGAUGUCCAGCUCGACUACAUCAUUGUCGGGGGCGGAACGUCUGGCCUGACACUCGCGGCGCGAUUGACCGAGGAUUCCAACCUUGACGUGCUCGUCGUUGAAGCAGGCAUCCACCAUGGCCCUACACCCGAGAUAGACAUUCCAGGCUACAUGGGUCGCUCCAUCGCCAACCCCACGUUCGACUGGACAUUCCUGUCCGUGCCCCAAAAGCGCGCAAACGACCGAGUGGUGCUGCAGCCGAGAGGAAAGGGCCUGGGUGGCUCCUCUCUGAACAACUUCUUGGGCAUCUUCCGCCCAUCCAAGGACGAGAUCGAUGCCAUCGAAGAACUGGGCAAUCCAGGAUGGAACUGGGACUCGCUGUUGUACUAUCUGAAGAAGAGUGAAGGUCUGCAGCUCCCUGACCUGUCGCCGACCAAAGCUUUGAACUACGCCGCCAAGCCCAACCCCGAGUAUCAUGGCACUGAUGGCCCGAUCAAGCAGUCCUUCAGCCCAGUCUGGGCGGAUCUGCAUCUCAAGCUGUUCGAGAGUGCGGAGGCACUCGGGAUCCCCAGGAACCCCGAGACGGGUAACGGAAGAAACGACGGUUGCAUGACGUCCCUCGUCUCCGUCGACGCGACAACUGCAAAGCGUUCGUACGCCGCCUCGGCCUACCUCGAGCCGAACCUGCACCGGAAGAACCUGCUCGUGCUAACCGAAGCCUACGUGACGAAGGUCCUCCUCGAGUCGGACGGCGACCUGAAGCGGGCCGUCGGGAUCCAGUACAUCAAGGAUGGCAAGCCGCUGCGCAUCGACAACGUCAAACGGGAUGUCAUCGUCGCGGGAGGUACCCUCCAGACGCCGCAAAUCCUAGAGCUCUCGGGAAUCGGCAACCCGUCCAUUCUGUCGCAGUUUGGCAUCGAGACGAUCAUUGAUCUACCGGGAGUGGGGGAGAACCUGCAGGACCACGUUGGAGUAACGACCGUCGUCGAGGUUGACACCACCGAUGAGACGAUGGACGUCCUUGCGGAUGCUCAAUUCCUUAAGAAGCACGAGGAGCUCUAUCAGCACCAGUUGGGUCUCUUCGCGUCUGUCCCUGCUCCAGCGUUCGUCUUCCUGUCCGCAGACGCGCUCGGCUCUCCGGACGACGUCCAGUCCUGGAAGGAACACGCGCAUGCCCAGAACACGGAGGUCCUCGCGAACGCCAUCCCCUCUCUGAAGUCAGGCCUCGAGAAACAGUACAAGAUCCAGCAGAGGCUGCUCAGCGACAAGCGCCAGUCCCAGGCUGAGCUGCUCCAGUACGCCGGGCGGCAGCCCCUGCCGUACGUGCCGGCCGCGGAGCCCGGCAAGCGGUACACCUCGCUCUUCUGCGCGCUCACGCACCCGCUCUCGCGCGGGACGGUGCACAUCGCGGCGGCGGACGCGCUCGCGCCGCCGGCGAUCGACCCGAACUACUUCGCGAACGGCGCGGACCUCGCGCUCGCGGUGCGCAUCGUGCAGUACGCGCUGCGCCUCUUCGGCACGCCGCCGCUCGCGCGCGCCGUCACGCGCCAGGUGCUGCCCGCGCCCGACGUCCUCGCGCGCGGCGAGGAGGGCCUGCGCGAGUACGUCACGCAGAACUGCGGGCCCGUGUUCCACCCUGUCGGCACCGCCGCGAUGAUGCCCCGCGCGGACGGCGGCGUCGUCGACCCCGCGCUGAAGGUGUACGGGACGAGCAACCUCCGGGUCGUCGACUGUUCCAUUGUUCCUAUCGAGCUUUCAUGCCACACGCAGUCCAUCGCGUAUGCCAUUGGCGAGAAGGCCGCAGAUAUUCUGAAGGCAGAGAUUGCACGCACUUAAUGUAUGCCCUAAUUGGAAGCCCUGCCCAGUUGAAAUGUAAAUGUAUAUUAUCCUUGUUGGACUGUGAAUCGAUGCGAAAUGUGCAACCCACAUCUCAGAGUCUCGCUGAACGCUUUACACGAUCUUUGUCGCGCUGGCCCUCAUCUGCUCACGCAACACUACGCAUACAAUCACAGUUUUCGUACAAUAAAAUAAACCUCCAGCUCCGAUGCGUCGAGAGACAGCGCGAAUGCUGGUUCUUCAGUCUACGAACGAGAGCCCAAUGUUCUUUCGGGAACGAAGCCCAUGAGUGCCCUGACAUUUGCGGGAUCAGGCAUGGCAGUGUCACUAUAGUCCGCAACAACCAGCUCACAUCCGAUCAGCACUCGCAGCAACCCAGACUUCACUAGUCGGGGGAGCGCAGCACGUAUGGCGUUCGCAUUUGCAGUGGUGAGGUCGGCGUCGUCCGCACCAUCGAGCAAGCAGAAUACGGCCUCGACCAGCCCCCUCUCAUCGCGCAGCUGCAACAGGAUGUCUUCGAGCCGAGACAGCCACCGACUGACAGACUCGUGGCGCAAAUGGAGCGUCGGAUUCUCGAUGGCCCUUAAGUCUUGAAGAUGACUUGUCUGAGCCGAUCCCGCGGGCCUGCUUGCGGAGUCGAUAUCAUGGAGCAUAUCGGCUCUUCAAGGUCGACACCAAGAACCGCCGAAAACAAGUUGAUGCUGAUGUAGAACGACUGAAGGUUGGUGCAGUGCGAAAGAUUGACUAUCAUCCUGGGCGGUACCGACUCCCCC